AUGGUCUCCCUCUUCCGAAAAGACAAGGCUGGCCAACCCGGCGAAAGCCAAGCAAAGUCCCGCAAACCCAAGGACACACCUUUCCUUCAGCAGCGAAUGAAAGCCUGGCAGCCCAUCUUUACCAACAGAACAUCGAUACAGACAUUUCUCGUCUUGGGGCUUCUUUUCAUACCUCUAGGGGGCUUUUGGCUGUCCACAAAUGAAAAGGUCAGAGAGGUUCGUUUUGACUACACAAAAUGUGAUGAAAUCGACUUGAAAGAUGAAUUUGAAACGAUGCCUGAGGAGUACAUCAGUAAGCGUUUCAAAGCUUCAUCUGCUGGUCAGCCUGUAGUCCAGUGGAAGCGGACUGACCGGCCCAUUACAUUCGAUCAAGUGACCAACAACUACACCUUGUGUACGAUCGAUUUUUUCCUCCCUGAGGAACUCAAGCCUCCUGUCUUGUUUUACUACCACCUCACGAACUUCAACCAGAAUCACCGAAAAUACAUCGCCUCGCGUCACAGGGGGCAGCUCAAGGGCAAGGAUGCCACCCUGGAAUCUAUCAAAGACUCAUGUCAUCCUGCGGAGACCAGACUGUCUGUCCAGGACGGUCAGGAAAAGAUCAUAUAUCCUUGCGGGGCCAUCGCCAACUCAGUCUUCAAUGACACUUUUGCAACGCCCAAGAGGAUUCUCGAUGCAUCAGGCACCGGUUCCAGUACCCAGAUAAUUUCGUACAACAUGUCGAGGGCAGGAAUCGCGUCUGCUCAGGACAAGUCGCUUUACAAACCAAGCAGCUACUUGAUCCCCGACACCGCGGGGGCAAACGAUAGUAUAAUCGUACCUCCUCCCAACUGGGCUGCAAGAUAUCCUAGGGGGUAUCAUCGUGGUAACAUGUUUGACCCAUCUGAGGAUGAGGCUUUCAUGAUCUGGAUGCGCACGGCUGCGUCACCGUCAUUUGCCAAGCUCGCAAUGCGCAAUGAUGACGAGCCUAUGAAAAGGGGUCGAUACCGGCUGGAGAUGUUUUCACAUUUCCCCAUACAAAAGAAUGGUGGGAAGAAGACCGUUAUCAUCACCUCUCCGUCUUCAGGUGUCGGCUACAACGGUUUCUUAGGGACAGCGUACAUGGUGACAGGGUCUAUCAGUCUUAUUCUUGCCGUCUUGUUUGCGUUUUCGACGGCGUUUCGAAGGCCACGGGAUCUGAAGGAUCAUGUCUAUCUCCAUCGAUCGUAG